AUGGGCAGCCACGAGAAGGAUCUCUGCUCCCCCAAGAGGGCUCUGUCACGCUCCAGCAGCACUGUGUCCUCCAAGCACAGCAGUGUCCAGCAGGGCUCAGAGAGCUGGGAGGUGGUGGAGGAGCCACGGGUGCUGGGCAGCCCUGGGCAGGAGCCACAGCGGCACGAGGGCUACCUGCUGAAGAAGAGGAAAUGGCCCCUGAAGGGCUGGCACAAGAGGUACUUUGUGCUGGAAAGUGGCAUCCUGAAGUACUCCACCACACGCCAGGAUGUCCUCAAGGGCAAGCUGCAUGGAGCCAUCGACAUCCGUCAGUCCGUCAUGUCCCUCAACAAGAAGGCUCAGAGGGUUGACCUGGACACAGAGGAGAACAUUUACCACCUGAAGAUCAAGUCCCCAGAGCUCUUUGCCAGCUGGGUGAGCAGCCUCUGCUCCCAUCACCAGGGCGAGAGGCCUGAGCUCUGCCCCCAGGGGGGUCCUGCAGGGAGGACCCCCAGCAGUGCACAGGGCCCCUGGACGAGGAUCCUGCCCUCGGGCAGUGCCCCUGCCCUCUCCAGCCUUGCCAGCUCCCGGGACAAGGUGAACGCCUGGCUGAAGGACAGCCAGGGGCUGGAGCGCUGCUCGGAGGAGCUGGCAGAGUGCCAGGCCAAGCUGCAGGAGCUGACAGGGAUGCUGCAGAGCCUGGAAGCUCUGCACCGCAUCCCCUCUGCCCCCCUCAUCUCUGGCAGCCAGCCCUCAGCUGCCACGGAGAGGCCCAAGAAGGGCAGGAGGACCACCAAGAUCUGGUGCACCCAGAGCUUCGCCAAGGACGACACCAUCGGCAGGGUGGGCCGGCUGCAUGGCUCUGUCCCCAACCUCUCACGUUACCUGGAGCCAGCCCAGAGCCAGCUGCCCUUCAGCCUGCCCCCGGAGUACCUCCAGCUGCAGAGGAGCUUCUGGGUGCUGGCCCAGAAAGUGCACGGCUCGCUCAGCAGCGUGCUGGCGGCGCUGACGGCCGAGAGAGGCAGGCUGGAGGAGAUGCGGCUGGCGCUGGACCGGCGGCGCUCAGCACCGCGCCCGGGUGGUACCAACAACGCCGGGCUCACCCUCCCCCUGCAUCCACAGACUGCCCUGCGCCGCUUCCAUUCCCUCUCCGUCUCCUCCGACACCACCCUGGAUUCCUUCGCCUCGCUGCAUCCCGAUGAGCCGGAUUCGCUGCCAGCCAAGGGCGGGGAGCAGCAGCUCUCCAACCGCAGCAUCGUCUCGCUGGCCGACUCCACCACCGAGUUCUUCGACGCCUGCGAAGUCUUCCUCUCUGCCAGCUCCUCCGAGAACGAGCCCUCGGAUGAUGAGUCCUGCAUCAGCGAAGCCAUCACCGGCGCCUGCGAGGACCCGGGGGGGCCGGGCCGCCCCCCGACAGGAGCAGAGGGGCCGGGACUGCCCACGGAGCCCGUGGAAUUACCGGGACCGGAUCCACGGCGUCGGAGCUGCCUUCCUGCCCCGCCAGCGCCCCCCGGGGAUGUCAGCUUGUGGGGUCUGCUGCGGAGCAGUGUGGGGAAGGACUUGUCUCGGGUGGCCCUGCCGGUGCAGCUGAACGAGCCCCUGAACACCCUGCAGAGGCUCUGCGAGGAGCUGGAGUACAGCGAGCUGCUGGACAGGGCCAGCCGUGCCAGGGACCCCCGGCAGCGCCUGGUGUACGUGGCUGCCUUUGCUGUCUCUGCCUACGCCUCCACCUUCUACCGGGCGGGCAGCAAACCCUUCAACCCCGUGCUGGGGGAGACCUUCGAGUGCGUGCGGCCCGACCGCGGCUUCCGCUUCAUCAGCGAGCAGGUCUCCCACCACCCACCCAUCUCUGCUUGCCACGCUGAGUCUGAUAACUUCAUCUUCUGGCAAGACAUGAGGUGGAAGAACAAAUUCUGGGGCAAGUCCCUGGAGAUCGUCCCCAUGGGCACCGUCAACGUCCAGCUGCCCAGGACUGGGGACCACUUUGAGUGGAACAAGGUGACCACCUGCAUCCACAACGUGCUGAGUGGCCCCCGCUGGAUCGAGCACUACGGCGAGGUGCUGAUCCGCAACACCCGAGAUGCCUCCUGCCACUGCAAGCUCACCUUCUGCAAGGCUCGGUACUGGGGCGCGGGAGCCAACGAGGUGCAGGGGGCGGUGCUGAGCCGCAGCGGGACGGUGCUGGAGCGGCUGGCGGGGAAGUGGCACCAGGGGCUGCACCGGGGGCCAGCCCCGGGCCAGUGCGUCUGGAGAGCCAACCCCAUGCCCCCUGACCACGAGAGGAGCUAUGGCUUCACCCAGUUUGCCCUGGAGCUGAACGAGCUGACCCCGGAGCUGCGCAGGGUCCUGCCUGCCACUGACACCAGGCUGAGACCCGACCAGAGGUACCUGGAGGAGGGCAAUGUGCCAGCAGCCGAGGCACAGAAGCGCCAAAUCGAGCAGCUGCAGCGGGACCGGCGCCGGGUGAUGGAGGAGAACAACAUCAGCCACCAGGCUCGCUUCUUCAGGCGGGUGGUGGAUGCCAACGGGAAGGAGUCGUGGGUCACCAACAACACCUACUGGAAGCUGCGCUUGGAUCCUGGCUUUGCCCACCUGGACACUGCAGUGCUCUGGUAG